GAUGUAAGGAAAUUUGCCAUGUAAAUAACAUCGGAGCAUAUAUAACGGUUUAAGUUUAUAGAUAAGAACUGAUUUGUUUACAGGUAGGACAUGAAAAUAGGAAUAAUUUGGCCACGCGAUGGUACGAAAUGGGGACACAAAAAUGCGAAGUGGCGAAUUGACCCUUGGCCCCACCAGUAGAUUCAAGCAGUUUCCUUCCCUGCUUCCGCUUACACCUACCUUGUCAGCGGUAGCGGAAGCGCUCUGCACGUGGUCCAAUGGAAGCGACGCUUUCUCUUCCGGGGGGACCAAUGGGGUGGCGCGACACAAGGGGAGCAGGAAGUAGGUGAUCGUCAGGCUGCUGUACGAGUUGUUUGGCGGCGGGGUGUUCGCUUGGUGGCUGGCGAGAGACGCUGUGAGGCGACAUGGCUCUGCUACGACUGAGGACCGCAAAGGGUCCGAAUGCGGCAGAGAUAGAGAGAAAAAUUAAAAGAGGGAACGCCCUGAGGCAGGGGUCCUCGUGGCGGGGGUCUCGGGGGCUGCUGGCCUUGCUCCUGGUCGCCCUGUGUGCCUGUGCCGUCACGACGUGGCUCUACUUGGCUUCCUUGGAUAGCGACAUCACAGAAACCCUGGCCAGCCGGAGGGAAGUGAUCUCCCCUCAGCCCAGAGUCUACAGCGUCCAGUGCUCCGAGGACUACGAGAACUACCAACGCUACCCAGGUUGCACCCCUCAGAAGUGUGGCCGGGCUGUCACGGACGGCGUGGUGACGAGCGAGGAAGCUCAGGCCCUCAGGAGGUUGGCUGAGAGGGGGCUGGCGCUGGCCGGGUCAGAGGGAGGAGCUUCCAUACUGGACCUUCACUCUGGAGCUUUGUCCAUGGGAAAACAAUUUGUCAAUAUAUACAGGUAUUUCGGGGAUCAGAUCACUGAUGUGUUCACAGAGGACGAUUUCAAGCUUUACAGAGACGUGCGGGGCCGAAUCCAGGCCGUCAUCGCUGAAACGUUUGGUUUGGACCCGACUCUGAUGUACCUCACCAAGCCCACCUUCUUCUCCAGAAUCAACAGCACCGCCGCCAAGACCCAGCACGACGAGUACUGGCACCCGCACAUCGAUAAGGAAACGUACGGCUCUUUUGACUACACUUCCCUCCUGUACCUGUCCGACUACGGCUCAGACUUUACUGGUGGAAGAUUUGUCUUCAUGGACCUAAACGGCAAUCGAACUGUGGAACCACGGGCAGGGCGAGUCUCUUUCUUCUCCUCCGGAUCAGAGAACCUUCACCGGGUGGAGAAGGUAACAUGGGGGACGCGCUACGCCAUCACCGUCUCCUUCACGUGUGACCCCAGUCACGCCAUCUCUGACCCCGCCCUACCCUGAGAGGCGUCCACGGAUGAUUUAGGACGGCGCCGCCCAAUGCGCUGGGGCGAGCCCUGCAACGACAGAUGGGAGGAAAAAAAAAAAAAAAGAACAUUACCAAGAGGAGGGAAAUGGUUUUGUUAAAUAAUCUUUAUAGGUGAAGCGGCUGCAAUGAAAAGCAAGCAGAUGACGAACACAGCAAAGACGGAUUUGUAAACGACACACUUUGUGAUGCUUUUUUUUGGGGGGAUCCAGGGAGAAAGCUACUUGAAGAGCCAGAAGAAGUUAUACUUCAGAUGGUAAAUUGAGCUCUGCUGAAACAGUAGCAGAUCUGCUCUCUUUGUUUGAGUGCAGGAGUUAAAAACAUCCAUACUUCUAAAAUGAUACUAGUGCACAAGUUGGGAUUUAAGGGCACAAGUUUCUUCAUCAUUCCACCACUGCUGAGGGUCCGAGUCCUCUGAAUGUACCCCCGUGGAAGUUUUGCUUCAUAUUCCAGAAAUGUUCACGUCCUGCAACAUUUCCUUUAAAAAAUGUUUUUCUGAUUUCCAGCUACAUGCCAACCAUCUUACUUCAAAGCUCCUCUUUAUUCAUUUUCAUAGCGAGACUCUUCCUUCAGCAAGAACCUUCUCUAUAUUGUGAGACAUUAAUACUCAAACCUGACACCUAAAAAUCAAAGCUCUUACACUGGAUACCCAGUGCUUCCUAAUUGCAGCUUUAUAGAGCUUGCCUUCCUGGUUACUGUGUCUCUGAAUGCAAAGAUUUUCCUCUUACCUUCGGUACCCUUUUAGAUUUCUACUUUCCUUUUGUGCCACUCUCAUGUUUCAUCAAAGUUAUUUUAAUAUCAGCGAUAACCUGAAUAAAUACCAAAUGAUGUUCUCAAUUCAUGAUUUCAAUUACUAAGUGAAUAAAGCUGUCCAAUCCAACCUGGCAGUAUGAAAAAGUAAUUACACCCUAAACCUAAUAGCUAUUCUUGGUGCCUCCAGCUGCUGUCAGGAGUUUGAAAUGUGUGACAAUGAGUCUUUCACAUCUGAAGGAUUUUUAGCCCGCUCCUCUGUGUAGAAUUGUUUAAAUUUAGCCACAUUGGAGGGUUUUUGAGCUUGAAUCACCUGAAAACUGAUUUUGCUGUUUACUCAGGUUAUCUGUGUUUGAUACAAAAAAAAACAAAUAAUAGUUUGAUCAAUGCAAAAAGAAUCUGUAAGGGAGCAUUUACUUUUUUUUUUUUUUUUUUGCACCAAUAUUCAUCUUCCAACAGUGUAGGUUGUUGGUCCAGUUGCAGUGGAAAGUUGUCAGGGUUCCCGCAGGUUUUCUUAUCAUUUAUUUCCAAAUCCCCGCAGCUCCAAGUGAACCCGGUUUUAAGAAGCAAAUCUUCAGCGACUCUCAGGGCCCUAGUUUGUCUCAUAGAAGUGAAUUUGUCUUUGUCCGCGUGCCAAGCUCUUUUCUAAUCUUGCCGUUUUGACGUACCGACCCGAGAGAACUCAAUGUGCCAAUGGCUCGUUUUAGCACACAGAUGUAAUGUUCUCCUGUUUACUUUUCAUUGUUAUUACACCAUAACACUUGAGCGAACAUUUUGUAUUUAUAAAAUCAGCCAAGAUUA